CACUUGUUACGGAGUUUCCGCUGAAUAGAUGACGUUUUUGAAUGUUAACUGGAGUUGAGAGUUAAAAAUGGUAGCCAUGCUUAAGUACUGCCAAAGGUGUUGUGUGUGUUUUCUGGCGAUGGCUGCAUAACGGAGAUGUGACGAACGUCGUGUGGGAAUGUGUGAAUUCGAUUUUAAGUUCGUUUUGUUAACUUAAUUUAUUGCACUUUAUAUAUUGGUGUCACGAUAUCUGAAAUGUUUGUAGUGCUCGGCGUGUUUUUUCUUGACAGACUGAAUUGUGCGUGCCUCCUGUGUCUACACAAGUUGUUAUUCGUUUUACUCUUCGAACAUAGUGUCAAACUGAAUGAGAACGGUUGUGAUAACUUUAGUGAUGACUUUGUAGUAAAGAGUAGAAUAGAGUUCUGUGAUAUGCCGAAGAUUUGUGAUCUUCUGUUUACAACGAAUGUCGCAAUAGUGUUUUCAGCCCAUGAGUCGUGUAGACUCGAAGGCAAAUAAGUGUUUUGUGUUCCCAACGUUAUGACGGCAGUUAGUAUGCUGUCACAGUGGUUUUACGUUUUCAUUUACAUCGCCGCUAACAUAAAAUACUGAUCAACGAAAGCGAGGCCUUAGUUACUACUACUAGAAGACCACAUCAACGAAGCAAUAAUGGGUUAGACUAACUAUAUGUACAUAUAUAAACAGAAGUAUAUUUUUGCGUCAUAACCUCUAACGUGCCGUAGCAUGCAGUUUCUGUUUAUGUAAUUUCAAUUCAUGAAUGGUGAUUGAAUACCACACACAAGUGUUCUAGAGAAGAAUGAUACAUAAAAUGGCUGAACCUGCCAAGGUGUGCUGUUUACUGAAGUAACGUGGCUGAAAUGGAUGAUGGAUCACAAAAACUGCUGGAUGUAAUUGAGAAUGGCAGUAGGUCCAUCACACCUCAUGAGGCACAUCCAAUGACUACCAUUUGCCUAGAACAGCGUACUGAACUCUGCUGGUCAUGGAAUCCCCAGCUUGGCACAUAUCUGGUGAUCCAACAGCUCUUGAGUCAUUUUUGGGAAUUGCAGCUGCAGGGGGUGCUUCAGGUGCCAACAGUAACCUGUCUCGGUCAGUUGCUGCACCAGUCCCCGUGUCAACGCAACAUUUUGUCCUCACUCCAAUUUCACAUUCGCCACACGCACUUCCGGCAAAUAUUUCUGUUAGUUGCCCUACAUCUCAGACUGUUGUCUCCACUUCACAGUCCCAAAGUUUUAUUUGUACACCAGUUAAGAGUUCGAGCAGUUCUUCGGGAAUUGCAGUUGUAGCUUCCAGCAUAGCUUUUGGGCAUUCAGAAGCUGUUAUCAGUUCUUCCAAUAUAUCCUUUAGUGACUCUUCCAACAACUUGUGCCUGGAAACUUCUGGUAUUCAGAUUGGGAGUUCCAGAAUGCCAUCUGGGCCAUCCGGUGCCCCUGUUGGACCUCCAGCACUCGCUCAAGCGGUUUCUGCAGGUUCAAAUGUUUCUGGAUCAUCUAGCAUAGCGACAGUACUUAAUAAUUCGAACAUUCCUGUCGGAUCUAGUGGUGUUUCCAAUAUACUUGUCGGUCCACCCGGUACAGUCUUUACUUCGGCAAAUUUAUCACUCUCACAAAUGACUGUACCUCAAAGCACUACUGCGUCUCCGAGUUCACCGUUCUCCAUUCCUACGAGGUCACCGCACGCACCCCCUACUCCGUCUCCGAGCCCACUUCCGAGGAGAUCACCUGCACCUCAGCACCCUCCGUCACCUGCUCCUUCUCCGUAUCACGUGCAGCUGCAGUCUCCUCAAAACAGUGCUGCCACAGCGACAGCUGGUUUUGUCCUAUCUGCAACUGCCCCACAGGCAAAUUUGGUGAAAGACAUUAUCACCAGUUUACCCCUACUACAGCCACCAUCCUUGAAGACUGUACAGGGCUCUAACAUUAAUGCUCCACUGACAGCUAGUAACUACAGUGUAGGGAAUUCUGUAAAAGAGGGUUUCAGGAGUGUGCACCAGCAAACUUCAACUGUCGUUUUGCCCCAGAGACUGUCUGCGGCUACUGGCAACAGUUUGCAGUCUCCGCAAAAUGCGAGCUCUCCACCGUCUGUCCAAUCAUUUGUCAAUCUCCAGACACCACAGCCUGUUCUGAUAUCCCAGUCUGCGAGCCUGCAGGCUUGUCCGGGCAGCCAGGUGUUGACCCAUGGUGCCAAGAACAGCAGUCCUGUCGGUCCAGCUACUAGUGGCAGUGGGCCUCUUACACCAGCUGGGGCUCUCACUCCAGCACCAUCUCCGUCUCCCCAGCAUCGCACUGUGCACAGCCCUGUUAUUCGAUCGACAACACCAACUCCUGUUAUACAUCAGGCAUUGCCAGCAGGCUUAGCAAUACCUGGUGCACAACAGUUUCCCGCAGUGAUGUCGCAGGGCGGUACAGCUGUUCUGCAGACUACCAAUCAUCAGCUAGUUCAGAUCAUUCAUCAGUCUGCUGCUGUGCAAGGUGCAAGCUUUCCAGCACAUACACAGAUUAUAACAACAGGUGGUGCUGCUGCCCCUGUUCACCUUCACUCGGCAGCGGCGGCUGCUGCAGCCAAUGCAGGUGCAGCUGCUGCCGCUGCCAAAACCAAACAGCCACCACAAAUUUUGCCUAAACCACCAGGAACUUCGAGUCUGACUGCAAGUUCGGGACAUGUAAAAAUUCCAAAUGUAGCAACACCACCUCAUCAAGGUUUACAUACACAGAAUCACAGUACAGCAGGAACUCAAGUCGUCAUUGGUCAAACAAAUCAAGCGGCAAUGAUACCAACUGCACAGGGAGGAACUCUGCUACUUAAUCAGGUUCUAAGGCUUGUAGCAGCACAGGGUACAGUGCAACUGCAGUCAAUUCAGACACCUAGUGGUCCCACGCUUAUUGCAGUCCCAUCAGGCUCAGCAUUGAGUUUUCAACCGGUGUCUCAACUUACUUCCCCACAGCAACCGCAGACUCAGUCACAGCAAACAUCCAAACUAACAAAUCAACAUGUGUCUAUACAGACAUCAAAUACCAUUCUUCCAGCUGUCUUAAAUAAUAUUCCACAAUCCUUCCAGCAGAAUACAUCAAGAACAAGUCUCCAGAAUAAUGCAGCAGUUACCAACUUGAACCUUAAUGUGCACAAUUUGAGUCUGAAUGUUACAAAUGCAAAUUCUGCAACGUGCUCUCAUAAUAGUGAUAUUUCAGGAGACACUUUACCAUCCUGCCAGAGUUGUUCUGUCACUCAGCAGACCCCAAAUAGUUCAAAUAUUGUGUCAGAGUCGCCUGUAAAUGUGAACUUGAAUGUGAAUGCAAGUGAAAGUGCUUCAAAGAGGAACUCACCCAGUGGACUUCAUAAUACUCCUGAGGUGGCUAAAGAAAAUAUAGAAACAGUUAAUAUUAGAGAAUCAAAUGGAAACCAAAUGGCGGCUCCAACUCCUCUGCCUCUAAACAGGAAAAAGUCUAAGAAGAAGAAAAAGAAAAAUAAACUGGAUUUAGCCAACAUCAUGAAGUUGUCAGGUAUUGGAGAUGAAGAUGAUAUUGCGAUGUAUGAAGCAGAGGAACAGUCAAUCACACCGUCGGCUGUUGGUCAUGUUCAUUCAGUUGACCAGUUGCAGUCUGAUAGCACUACUCACCCAUCACAAAUGUUGAACAACAUCCCAUCAACUCCACAGAUUCCUGUGCAGGCAAAUGGCCAGGGAUCACUACGUGUUUCACUGGAGGACUGUCAGGUAGUGUUCCAGCCAACAUCUGAAACACAGCAGAACUCUCCAUCGGGCUCACCACAUCUUGUAUCCACAGGAACAAAUACUGUCAUGGCACAACCUAGCUCUGUUUCAUCCUCAAGCUUGCCUACAUCUCAAGUAAAUCCUGUUCACUUCGUGACUGCAAGCUACAGUUCGAGUACCUCUCAGAACACACAAACAUCACAGUCUGAAAAGUAUCAAUUACCAGCAAAACAGAAUGAUAGUUGUGUGAGUGGUUUGUAUUCUGACCUGUCUCUAAGAAACCAGCAAAGUAGGGACAUCACCUCUGAAGUUGGAGGCAAUAUAGAAGUAGCAGCAAUAACCAGUGCUUCAAAUUCAGUGACGUGUGAUGCAAUACAAAACAAAUCUAGUGGAAAUGAACUUGAGGAUAUUUUUGUAGGAGUCUCGGUAACAGAUCAGUCUGCUAUUAGUGAUAAAUUAGUUAAUUCUCUUCCAAGCAAUAUGAAUGUAAUUGUUGCAGAUGCUGUCAGUACUGUAAUUCCAGCAGUUGCUACAUCAACAAAUACUUUAACUACUGUGACUCGAGAAGCAAGUUCGGCACCUAGUGCACAGCCAAUUGGAAAAUCGACACAGGUUUUGUGUACGGCAGUGGCUCCAAGUAAUGUAUCUAGCAGAAAUUCACAAAAUGAAAGUGUCAGCAUUUUAAUUGGUGGGAACCCAGCCAUUCCACCUUCAGGUUUCAUAUCACAUUCUGUCGUACCAGCAUCAAGAAAUUGUCUGCCACUAGAGUCCUCAAAAUGUACAGAUGGAGAAACAUCCAGACAGACACUAUCUGCUACAUGUGAUAAAGCUGUAAGUGCAAAUCCUCCCGGAAUCUUUAGUUCUGUCAGCCACAGUACGAGCACUAGUGUAGAACGUGUUGCAACAGGGAAUGCUGCCACGACACAAACAGAAAAUGUAGAUGUAGUGUCAACUUCAUCAGGAAAUACAUUAAUAGGCCCACAGGUACAACUUCAAAAUAGCCAACAGUCUACUACAAAAGUUUCAGAUAGACAGUCUACCUUCUUGCCAGUUUCUUCGGCAGCUGGCACUCAAAACACAUGCAGUGCUCCAAAAACUUAUCCUUCAGUAGAUAAUGCACCAACUAUUUUAGGUCUCCAUGCAUUUCACAGUUUACAAGGUUUAGUCUCAUCUGCAACACCAUUGAUGGCAACUAUUCCACCAAUCACUUCAAAUGCAGCUACAACAAAUUCCAGCUAUGGAGGACCGUUGACAUAUACUGGGACUGAACCUUUGGUAAUAGCACACCACCAGAGUGGCUUGCCGUCUGUAAUUACAGGACCACAACUGCUACAGUGCCUUCAACAAACACAAGGCCAACAGACAGGUUUAAUUAAUAUGUCACAUUUACAGUUAACACAAAAUGCAAUCAGCAAAGUUAUUGGGAGCUCUACAUCUAGCUUGUCAUUCAAUGCUGGUACGGGAACAAUUUUGAUUGGUGGAAAUCCUGUGGAAAAUUUCACAAAUGCUAGUCAGCCAAAAUCGACAUCUGCCGCUGCAGCAGUUAUAAGCAGUGCAAAAUUUAUUCCUCAACCAUCUGUUCUCCUACAGCAGUUAAACACUGGCUUACGAAGGUGUUCGAGUGAUUCAAAUUCUUCACUUUCCCUUGGAAGUCCUCCAUCUGUGAUUGGUUUAAUCAGUCAACAGACAGCUUCUCAAACAGAGCAGACUAGUAGUCAGCCUAUAAAAAAGGGCCCAUCACAGGAAUCUAUUGAAACGCAGACUGUCUCAAUAGGAGUGCAAAAUUCCAAUUCAAGCAGUUCCAGUUCAUUACAAGGAUUUCAGAAUACACUGCUGGAAAGUACAUCUCAUACGAACAAUAACUUUGUUUUGAAUAAAUUUACAAAAUCGGUGCAGUAUAAUAGUAUUCCUAGUGUGUCGCCUACUAUGAGUGCUGCCAAGAAGAAGAAGAAGAGGUAUGAACGAACACCACCAAAAAAUGUCACGUGUGUGUCAUCAGCAGGAAUUUCAAGCAAUAAUACACUGUCAUCAACAAACUGUGUGAGGAACACUGCUCAACAUGUGGAAACUGGGAAUCGUGUUCUCCUGUCAGUGGAUUCCAGCAGGUGUGUGGUUCAAGAACGAUCUGCAGUGAAACCGUGUGUUAGUCACCCUCUUGUGCCGGGUCAGAAUUUUCAAAAACUCUCUGCAGAACCUGUUUCAUCUUCAUCCUCACCUUCAUAUGUUGUUUCUUCACCACAGUUCAGUGUUACGUCGAACAUCAGAGCAGCAGUAGUAUCAACAUUGGCGUCCCCAGGCUCAGGGGUGCAGCCAGAACCGUCACACCAUUCAGCUGCGCUUUGUCAGCAAAGCAAUAUUUCACCUUCCUCCAACAUAAUUCAUAGAAAUUUGUCUCCUGCCAGUGUUAUGUCUAAUGCAAAUAAAAAUAUAUUACAACAGACAAACAUAAUUCCUGCAACAAAUGUAAAUAAAGGUAACAGUCAUUUUACUUCAAGUCAGGAAAUGAGAAAUUCAUCAUCACAUCAAGUUCCGUCCAUUGUACAGACGAGUUUAUCAACGAAUAGUCUGAUGAUAAGCAAUCAGCCUGAAAUUUUACAGGUUUCUUCUAGCUCAGUUACUGUUAUAAGUAAUGGAAUAACAAGCACAUCUGAAAUUGCUCAAAGGAAGCAAGGCGAUAAUCAGCGUGCAGUGGUUCAGGUUAAUAACUCCCAGCAGACAACUAACUCUACUGGUGGACAGAGCCCUGUUAAAUUUGUGACUAUACAAGAUGAACAUCAACAGGCACCAGCAACACAAAAUGCAAAUCCUACAGCAUGUUCUAUUGGAAACCCACAGCAAACACUGAACAAUCAGUUAUCUCUGAAUAAUAUGAAUCCUAGUGUGCCUCAUCUAGUGCCAAUUCCCUCUAACUCCAUUGCGGUUCAUCCGGGAUCAUCACAUGGUCUUCAGAUACAAGGAGCAGGAGCUACUGGGAGUCACGGUCUUUUGCCUGGAAGCAUCAUUCAGAAAGUGCACACCAUUCAACUCACUCCUCAGAAUCAGAAGCAUUUGAAAGCAAUACAGAUGCAGAUCCAGUCUUAUAUAACAAAGAAGACACUUAUUCCAAAUGACCACGUGUUGCAACAAUUAUUUGAGGAGCAGCAGAGAAUUUUAGCAACUGGGAUACUUGUUCCUACUAUUCCUGGGCAACAUGCACAAGGCUUGCAGUUUGUAACCCCACAAAGCACACAGUUACCAGCUGUAAGGUAUCACCAUCAGAUUGGAAAUCAGAUUAUACCUCUCACCCCGCCGACUCCUCCAAAAAAUCCGAGCGGUGUAUCUGUUCUUAACUCACUUGCUGCCUCUCCCAAUCUUGGUGUUAGUAACUGUUUUACCACUGAUUUUACAUUCACCGCUAAUGCUUAUGCUGCUGCUGCUGGUUUUGCUGCUGCUGCUGCUGUUGGUAAUACUAACACAGUUGUUUCAACAUCUGCGAACACCGUAACCUCAACUACCCUCGCUUCUACAGUCACCUGCUCUACCAUAAACAUUAAUACAACUGCCUCGGCUACAGCAACUAGCAAUUUACCCACUGUGACUCCAGUGACCACUAUUGUAGAUACCACCAAUAGUGCUGGCAACAGUGUUGUCACAAGCUCUCAUGCGAUUGCCAAUAAAUUAACUAAUUUCAAUUCAAAUAUAAAUGAUGAUAAAGUAUUUAUUAAUAAUGCUGUGACAACCACAGUUACCACUUCUGCAUCUGCUGUUGCUGUUGCUGCUGCUGCUGCCGCUGCCGCUGCUGCUGCUGCCGCCGCCGCUGCCGCCGCUGCUGCUCUUACAACAAUUACUACUACACCUCCACCUACUCCAGACUCCUCUCCCAGCUCUCUAGCAGUUACUACUAAUAAUCUAGCUAUAUCAAAUACUGUAAACACUGCUACUGGUACACCUGCCUCUAUUUCCACUACCAUUGUCAUGGCUAAAGGUACCACUGCAGGUGACCUUAUUCCCGCUGCAACAGUUACCACUAUUGCCGCUACCGCCACCACCACCACUAAUACAACAAAAACAACAACAACCACCACCACCACAGCAGCGACAGUCACCACUGCUAGAAGUAAUGUUGCUGUUACUGCCACUGUUGCUGAUACUGCUGCUGCUCCUACUACUACUACUACUACUACUACUGUUGCUGCCGCUGCUCCUACUACUACCACCACCACCACAACAACCACUACUACUGCUACUGCUACUACUACUACUACUACUACUACUACUACUACUACUGCUGCUCCUGCUGUUGCUGCUGCUGCUGCUGCUGCUACAACAACAACAACAACAAGUACUACUACAACUACAACAACAACAACUACUACUACUACUGCUAAUAAUAAUAAUAAUAAUAAUAAUAUUAAUCAUAAUCCUGCUUCUCUUUCUGCUUCUACUUGCGCUCCCAACACCAACACUAGUACUACAAGUACCUCAACCAUAGCCACUGCUACAGUUGCUGCCAUUAACAUCCCUCCAAACACCAUCUCGUCAGCCACCACAGUUGCUAAUGCUACUAUGAAAUUUACUGCCACCAGUGCAAGUACCACUGGUGGGUCUGCCAUGAUAAGUGUUAAUAUCAGUUCUCCUGCCCUAGUUUCCAUAUGUUCAUGUGACAGUAUUGUUAUGACAGACAGACAGUGCAGAUGUGUUAAUCGUGGUGUUAACAGUACUGUUAAUGGCUUUAAUCAAUCACACAAUUCUACAAAUACAAUGCUGGAGACAGUGCGUCACACAGCAACACAGCAACCACAGCAGCCACAGCAGCUUAAUUACUACCAUCCUCAGAAGCAGCAGCAGCAGCAGCAACAACAACAACAACAACAACAACAACAACACCAACAGCAGCAGCAGCAGCAACAGCAGCAUCAUCAACAGAAACAGCAGCAACAGCAACAACAUCCUCAAAAACAGCAGCAACAGCAGCAGCAUCUGUUGCUGGUAGAUGUAUCAGCACAAAUCAGUUCUCACAUUACUACUGGCAAAGUAACAGAUGCAGAGUCAAAGUUGCAUUUGCAGCAGUCAAAUUCAUCCGGCACGUUACAACCCCAGCUGCCUCGUCACAGCCAUCACCACCAUCACAACCAUCACCACCACCAUCAUUAUCACCACCACCACCAUCACCAUCACCACCAUCCAAACCUCCCUCAUAAUCACCCUGCCAAUCAGCAACCUCAUUUACAACAGCAGCAGCAACAGCAGCAGCUUCAGCAAUCUGUUGUGCCAGUACUGCACGGAACAAAAUCGUCAGCAGUUUCUGAAAAAGGAACAUCACCAAUCCAAGUACAGGUUGGAACACAGACAUGCAUGCCACCAGAAGAAUUUCCUCAAACUUCUGCACAUAUGAGUAACAGAACAUCUUGUAAUGGAUCACCGAAUGGCCAGCAGUGUACAUCAAACACAUUUCUGCCAUUAAACAACAAUAAAUCUGCGCUUACCUCUAGUAGUAAAAUUCUACCUAAUCACACGUCAGCAGCACUAAAAUCCGUACCAAAUACUGUUUUUACAAAUGGCAGCAAGUCUCAUGCAGUAUCAUGUGCUGGUGGACCAAAGCCCCAACCGAAUUCCUCUCCUGCGUCUCCACCACGUGGUACUAAACGUUCUGCUACAAGUCCGUUGCGGUCUAUAAGCAGAAGUGACCUCAUUGAACAUCAGCUGAAAACUGAUCAAACUGAAGCUUCAAUGCCUGAUGUGCAGACACCUUUUUCAAGUUCUCGCGAUGCAUGUAAGCGCCUUAUUCGGUAUCACGUGUAUAAUGAAAAGGUCUUAAGCCAGAAAGAUUUGGAGAAAGCUGAUGAAAUAUUUGAAGCAACUGCGAAACAUCUGUUAGAUAAAUUUCGGCAAAUGAUGAAUAAAUACAACUAUUUGCUGUUGAUGGAGAGCAUGCGUGAAGUAAACACAUCAGAAUUGAUAAUGAUUGAUCGGAUGUUUGUGGCAGAGGAACAUAAUAUUCUGGAGAAGCUAAAGGAAGAGGAACAGAGGGCAAAAGAAGAACCAGUGACAGCAGAUGUAACAGCUUUGAAAACUGAGCCUGCAGUUGAUAGCCAGAGCUGCAGGUAUCUGAAUUCCGAUUUAGCUGACAUUAGAGAUGUGCGAGUAGUCAUCCAGGAUGUCAUGAAAAAUGAAUCAAUAAAGAGAGAGUUGGAAGAAGACAAAUUCACUGUUAUAAAGAAGGAAAAGUUGGACUUCGAUAUAGACAGUGAUGAAGCGAUGCCAGUGGAGCAGUCUACAUCAGCACUUGUUCCGAAGGUAGAUCAGAAUUAUGAUGAAUGGGAAGAAAUACAAAAGGAGCUAGGAGUAUUUUGUCCCACCUCUCAAUCUGCGUGUACACUUCAGGAGACCACUGUUGUUGUAAAAUCUGAAGAAAAUGAGAAUGUCGACAGUUGCUGCCGCCACAUUAAAAUGGAAGCUGAUGAUGACAUGUCACACGGAUUAAAAAAUUUAGAUCCGUUGAAUUGUAGGACUCCUGAGUACAACAGGACUCACGAUAGUGUUCAGAACAUUUCUACAGAUGCGUUAAAAUGUGAACCUAACUCUGAAAAUAUGGACACAGUGCAAAAGUCCUGUGAUAGUGCAUCAAAUGGUGAACUCUGUGAUCUCUAUAACCACAAUAUUCCUAAAUCUGUUACUUCAGAUACUGAAAUUCCAGAAGAUCCAAACUGGGAGAAAAAGUUAGGAGUGGUGUCGGGGGGUCUCAAAAGUAGGUGCUCUAGAGAAAGAGUGGCUGGGGAGAGUGAGCCAUUGAAGUAUUUGAGCCAGUGUGUUGUGAACAAUUUAAGUAGUGAUGUUGAAGUGCAAAAGAAAGACAGGCGAGAUAUCUGUGAUACCACUGACAGUACCACAACUUUUGUGCACAAAAGAAAACGCCACAAACAUGAUACUCAUUUUGUCAGUGAACGUAUUAAAGGACUGUCUAAUGUGAUACGUGGAAAUAGGAGUUUUUGUGAAAGUGAACAGGAAAACGAUGACGAGGACGAUGAUGACGACGAUGAUGAUGAUGACGACGAUGAUGAUGAUGACGAUGACGAAGAUGAUGAUGAGGAGGAGGAGGAGGAGGAGGAAGAGGAGGAGGAGGAGGAAGAAAAUGAUGCUUUAAAUGCUCAAGUACAAAGUGCUAUCGAUAGCAUACUGAAUCUGCAACGCUCAGAAGACGGCUACGAAUUACCAUCUGCGAGUGUUGGUGCCGUGAGUGAUGUGAGUGUACUCAACCUGCCGGUAGAUGUAAACUCUGAAGAAAUAGAUCACAAAUACUCUAGGAAAGUUGCUGAAGAUAAAUUAUUUUCGGAUGAGAGAAGUACAAAGCUUCUUAAGUGUCAAAAAAGGACUACAGCAUCAGUUGUGAAUUCUUGUGUUAAUUCUCCAGUGUCCAUUGAGUAUAGUGGUGAAACAGAUCCUUUCAUAAAUAGGAACUCUACCAUUGUUAUUACUAAUGGUGGUGGUAUCGAAGAAGACAGCAGUGGAAAUGGUGAUGCUGCUUUAGAUGAGGCUGUAAGAAGUAUAUUGACAUCCUGACCUUUGCAAAGCAUGACACAGCCUUUGCUGACCUUUGCAAAUGCACCACUGACUUCCAUUCUCAGCUCAAAUUGGUCAACUUUUUGCUAAGUUGAGUCAUUAUUUUAGAAUAAAUUCAUUAUAAUGUACGUUCUUCUAUAAAAAUGUCAUUUAAGCACAAAUUCUUCACUAUUCUAAAACAUAAAUCAGUAUUUAUUUUAUUAGUGAAAAUUGACCACCUAUGAUCUGUGAGGAAGUCUGUGACAGGCAGUCAGUCAAGCUUCGUUUAACAGCUCUAAAGUGUAAAACCAAUCUUUUGCAUAAAUAUUAUGCUCCAGCAAUGAAAACCUGCUGGUUUUGUUGUUUUUAUUUUAUUGGCAAUUUGUACAUUACUGAACAAUAUUUAAUUUCUGAAAACAUAUUAUGGCUAACAUUUCAAAUAAUGAUGUCAUCUAUGCUGGCCAUAUUUGUGUAGAAAGUGUGGUAUUACACUGUUUACUUAGAUUUGUUUGAUUCAACAGGGAAGUUUGUGUGUUUGAGAGAGAGAGAGAGAGAGAGAGAGAGAGAGAGAGAGAGAGAGAGAGAGAGAGAGAAGAGAGAGAGGUAAUCACAUGGGUGAACAUUAAACUGCACACAUUAAUGCUGGAACCCAUGUUUGCGAAUCUGCUCACUGUUUGGCAUUUUGUAGCAUUGUUAUUUCUUAUGUGAAUGGCAGUUAAUAAUAAGUUGGUUUUAAAACUUAAGUAUUACCGGUGUUCUUGCAGUGGGUGAGAAACAUGUUUUAUAUUUGUUUUCAGAAUGUAAUCUAGUCAUUAUCAAUAGUUUCAUGUGGAGUGAUUCCUGAACUUCCAUUAAGACACUGUUACCAUAACUGUUUUGUUGCAGUGCUAGUACAGAUACAAAUGACUGUGUAGGUAGAUGUAGAUGACACUUCUGGAUCAGUUUUUGUCUUCUUUGUUCUUAGGCAGAAUAGUAGUGCUGAGGUUUUAUGAGAUUCAUACAAAAUGUCCAUAUUGCAUGCGAUAGAGAAUAGUUUCUGUAUCUAGAGAAAGUUUGCCUGCAGGUUACAAAUAUUGUUUGAACAGCAGAUGGAAUAUAGAGCUGGAAGCUGUGUGUCAUCACAUUCCUUGGUUUUUGCUCAGAGUUUGACAGUUAUAAUGAGGAGUACAUACAUGUGCCAUCCAAUAGUCACAUUUUGGACAUACAACAUGAGGGUGGUGGUGCAGUGCAGUACUCUACCCCUCCCCUUCAGCAUACUGUUAUUUGUGACCUAUAUGUUGUUUUCAAAUAAAGCCACUCAGAUAUUUUCUUUAAAAUGAAUACUCAUACAUUCAUAUCAGUUAUAAAAAAUCAUUUUGUUGCUUUAUCACAGAAGGAAUAAUAUGGUGUCAAAUGAUACACAAGAGAAUUAAACAGAUUGUCAUUAAGGUAAAAAAAAAAAAAACUAACUCUAUGCAUAUAUCAGUUAUUUGUCCAUAUUCGUUAGAUCACUGUACAGCAUAGUCAGCCUGUUCUAUCAUGCAAAAGUGGCUAUUCAAAGGAAAAAAAACAUUAUAGCCCAAGCUAAGAAGAACCCAUCUUUUAUUAAAUAAAUUGAACAUGUAUACGUUUUUCUAUGCUUUCAAAGGCAUAGAUUAUUUAUCUCAACUGCAAUAUAAUUAAUAUUGUAAAGUACUGAAUAUUGUUCUUUUUUGUAAUGCAGAGUAGAGAAAAUAAAUAUAUCUUUUAUUUGUCUAGAUCACAAUUUAUAAAGUAUUAGUGGUUUUGAUUAUGCAGAGCAGUCAUCAUCGGAUCUUACAUACAGUGUUCAAAUUUGGGCCGUGCACUUCUCUGAUGUGUCGAGUAAGAUGGUGUUUUAAGUUUCUUCUGGUUGACUUAACCCAGGUCCAGAUGAGUUAUGUUCACCACAGGGCUUACUCUCACAAUCUUGUGUCACACACAUCUGUUCUCUUGUGAAGUGUUUGUCAUAUUGUUCAUAUGCUCCAGGUUAGGGGUUACAUGCUACCUUUACUGUGCCCUGGUUUAUACUGUGACAUCAUCAAAUUUUGUAUAACCCUAAGUUUAACACCAGUGGAUGUUUAAUUACUUUAUCAGUUCAUAUCACCACACUGUAAAACAUAAUCAUGGUUGUUUACAAUUUACAGUGUGAUGGUGUGCUUUGACAGAGUAAUUAAAUAUCUACCAGUGUUAAAUCAAGCAUUAUGCAAAGAUCAAUAAGAUCAUGCAAAGCAUAGCUUUAGCUGUGCCCUUGUUUAUUCUGCACGACCUCAUUGAUCUUUUAUACUGCUUGAUUUAAUGCUGGUAGAUAUUAAAUUGCUUUGUCAACAUAAACCAGCACACUGUAAAAUGUAAAUAACCAUGGUUACGUUUUAUGGUGGGAUGUUAUGAUUUGAUAGAAUAAUUAAUCAUCCACUAGCGUUAAGUGUAGGGUUAUGCAAAAAUCAGUGAGGUCACACAGCAAAUGCUGUAUGUAAUCCUGAACCACAAGCACACAAACAUUGUGAUAGAAAUACUUCACAUGUUAAAGAGAAAAUAUGUUUGACUCACAAGAUUGUGAGAGGAAGCCCUAUGGUAAACAUAACUCGUAUGGAUUAAGUGUGUCAGACAAAACAGAGAGCUAGACUUUGGUUUGUGGAGACUGGCAAAAAGUUUUCACUAAAAUUUGAUCUUACUCAAUAGAUCAGAGAUGUACACUGCCCAAAUUUCAACCUUGUAUCUAAUAUGAUUACUAUCACAACCGAGAUCAGUAAUAUCAUUUUAUAAACUUGUGAUCUAGACAAAUAAAAGUUAUAUAAAAAAUUAAGGUACGUGUUCCACAUUCUUGGUCAUGUCAAACAUAGUUAAAGUAGUGAAAACAUUCAAAAGAACUUAUAAUAGUGGUUCCUUUCUCCUAAGUGGCUAUGCAACUGAUGGCGAAUUCUUUGGAUCAUUGCUGUGAUGAUAGUUUCUUAUCUUUAAGAUAUUUAAUGAUUAUUUUUGAAGAUGAUUCCCUCAAAUCAAAAACAAAUUAUUGCAGUUCCUUUGGUGAAGACUCUAGACACGUACUCAGGAGAAGUGAGGCUUAAAUCCCUUUCUGUUCAUCCUCAUUGAGGUUUGGUAUUUUUUACGUUAAAUCUUUUCAAACAAAUGUCAAGGUAGUUUUUUAAAAUGUGACUGUGGUCAAUUUCUUUCCACUUGCACAAUAUGAGCUAUUUCUCUACUUCUAAAGGCCUAGAUGUCAAUGGAACAUGAAAUUUGAACAUUCCUUUUGUAUAUCAAAACCAUCAGACAUGUUCUGUUACAUUAUAUUCAUUAUGGGCAAGGGAAAAGUUUCAAAAAUAUUACUUCUGUCUCCACUGGGUGUUACCUUAGUAACUGAAAAUUUUUUGACAGUUAUUGCAGCAUUGUUUAAAUAUAUUAUGGAGAAAGGUUUCAAGUUCAUCCUUAAAACAUGUUGCACUUUGAAGGUAUCAAGAUGGCUUGCAUUGUGUUAUUUAACUAUGGCAGUCAAACAUUUAGACCCAAACCUUUGUCCAUACUCAUUAAAUAUUUGUCUCCUUUAUUGCAUUAAAACUAACCAUACAGUGUUUUGCCAUCGUUUCAUAGGGAUGACUAGUACCUGUACUCAUAUGUCAAAAAUGUAUUUUAUUUUAUUUUCACUAACUUACUUAAAUCCAGAGACAGCUGGUGAAUUUUUGCUUUCACUGUUUCAUGUCCAGAGUGUAUAGUCACACUAAAUAUUAAAAACGUCUAUAGUGACAUAAUUUUAAAUGAGGGGAAAGUGUACAAGAGAUGAAUUUAUCCAGUUUAAAAUUAAUAGCAUUGUUUGGCUUAGAACCUGCUGGUUUUGCCUUUGUGUGCUUAUGAUAUACUGUGUCAGUCAUGGGGAACAAAUUUGAUGUCCUAACUUAUUUUUAGAUAUUCCUCUGUAGUUGUAUUUGUAGCACUGCAACAUUCAGUUCACGUAAAUGUAAAACUUCAUCAGUGUAACAGGCUUGACAGCAUCUUCUUCUCAGUAUUCAGCAGUCUUUUGCAGGAAUGUAGAUACUAUUAGUACACCACAUUCACUCUGUAAGAAAGUGGAGUAAUGGAGUAAUCCAAAUGCCAAUCACAAUUUAUGCCGUUCACAUUUUUUUUAGUCUGUUUAUUUACUGUGGUUGUUGAUUUUAUAGCUCCCUUCCCCCCUCCCCCUUUCCCCAGUAAAUUUAGCUUCUUAUAUUCUCCUCUCGUUGUAAUUAUUCUUGGAAUACUUUCUUAUUUUAUUUCUUAAAUAAAAGAAAAUGCUGCAAAAUGUCUGGAAUCUUUUAAGUACAAAAGUAUAUGAGGCAUUGGCAGAGGAGCCAGAAUGAUUUAUAUGUAACACUUACUACUCCUGAAAUUAUGUACUCUGGUUCUGAACAGGAGCUAAUAUUUAUUAUAUAAUAAUGUGAUGCAAAAGUGUUGUGAUUUUUGCUGUGUAAUAUUGUUACUUAAGUUUAUGUAUUAAAUUCUUUCUUUGCUUUCAAGAAAAUGUAUUUUCUGAUUACACAUAUUGAAAUCAGUAGUAGCCAGUUAAGUGAUUGAUAUUCAGGAUUACCAGACCACCGAUGUAAAAUCUGAGGUAAAUGUUUGGAGACUGAUGACACUGUUUUUACCUUGUACAUUUGUUUGUAUAUCAUGUAGAGAACUGCUACUACAUGUGUUUAAGUACCCAGUGUUACAUACUGCACAAGAAGUAAUCCAUGAGGUUAUAUAAUAUGUGGUCAUUUUUACAUUAUUUGUUGUAUGUAGUUAAUGAUUUUUCAAUGAGAGACACACUUAAUUUUCUGUGGUAAGGAGAAGGUUGCACCAUUUUUAAUGCACUAUUGUGUUGUUUCAUAGUGAAAUAUUAUGUCUCUAUUAUAAAUUUUGUGAUCACAAAUAUUUAAGACAGGUCAUUGUAUAGUAUUUUGACUAAUUAUUUGCUGCUCAUAAUUCUGCGGUAGUUCAGUUUGUCAGUAUGAUGGGAGAUGAGCCUGUUUAUAUAUAGAACACUUUUCCCUUCCUGGGUAGUAAGUAGUGGAGGGCAUUGGCCUCUCAUUAUGUAGUAAAAGUGUUGUGUUUCUCCAAAUAGUUUGUUUAAUAUGCGCUGUAGUGCAUAAAUAUUUAUCAUAAAUACGAAAUUCCUGAGUGUUCUCACUUUGCAAAGUUUUUCAGUUUUUAGUUGAAAUUCAUUGUUGGUAAUCCCAUCAUUUAAUUUAAUUCAUUGUUGGUAAUGCCAUCAUUUAAUUUUAUAAGUUCAUAUUUAUAAGUGCUUUAACACACUUAUUGUGGUAGUAGAGACCACUUCACAUAACUAACUUGAUUAACAGGCUGUAUAGCUAGAAUGAAAAUGGUGCAUCCUCCUAACCAAACCUCUGUUGAUUCUAAAAUUAUUUAUCCCUGCAACAUUUCGUAGUGUUUGUGGCAGCAUAUAAAGCAGAUAACUGGACACAAAUGCACUCCUUAAAUAGGCGAGUGUGAUUUAGAAAUUGGUACUGUAUAAUGCACAGCCAUCCCACUUCUAGAAGUUUAAGACUUUUAAUUGAUCAUUAGUCAUCAGCCUUCUUUCAAUUACUUCAGUGUAAGCGAGUCCCCUUUCUGUUGGCAAAAGACUGAGAUCACUUGCAUCAGAUAUCAUUUUGCAAGCUCACUCAAGUGCUUAGAGAAAUUGGCUGUACAAUGAAAUAUAUUUUUUUCUGGUUCACACUUAAUAAUCUGAUAUAAUUGUAUGAAUGUUGUUGUACACUGCAGCAAUUCCAUGUGUGCAUAAAUGUAAUUGAUAUAAUUAUUGGUUCCUAUGAAAAUUCUGUAAAUAUAAGAUUUGUGGAACAUGCCUCGCCAAAUUUGAAGCCUAGAUAAUGUACGGUGUUUUGUAUUUCGGGUAACUGCAAGUCCAAGCUAAAUGUGUUUAUCCACAUUGUACAUUGGGAACAGUGUAGAAACUGUGUUUUAAUUUAUGGAACUGGGCAUUUGUAGAUAGUAUUUAUUUAUUACCUGCCAGUCAUUUUUCAGAGUGAUAAAACUAUUUUACUCAGACUGUAAUAUUUGUAUGUAUAAUUGUGUGCAUAUGUAUAUACUUAUAUAUAUAUAUAUAUACGUAUAUAUAUAUAUAAAUAAAAGUUUAGAUUUUGGAGUGCCCAGAUGCAAAUAAUUGUGUGUUAAUAUUUUAAAUGUGUUUCUUAUACAUUUUUUCAAUUAAAUUAGUAAUUACAAGAACUGAUAACAGUGUUGGGGUCAUACAUUUGAUCUCUGUUUAUUGCUUGGAAAUUGUAUUAUUUAAUGUACAAAGUGAGAACAUUUUAAUCCAUGCAAAAUAUUUAUGAAAAUAAAUAGAGAUAUCAAUGUUGUAGGAAUAUUUUUACAAAAACUUGAAAAAUGUUCAUUUAUUUUUACUUUCAAUAAAACACAUGCACCUUUUGAUA